AAGACUAUAUUCACUGCAUUUAUUGCGAGGCAUUAUAUCUUAAAAGAGAUCUUUGGAGACAUGUUCGUAAAUGUUCUUCAAAACCAGUGGAGGCCAAUUCAGAGGGGGGACGAAAAAAGGUCUUGUCCCUGGCCUGUAUGAGUGAGUCAGCUCUGUGUCAGCAAGUUUCCCCCGGUGUUUGGAAGAUAUUAGCUGUCAUGAAAGAUGAUGAAAUAACUUCUACUGUGCGAAGUGACUUCUCUAUUCUUCAGCUUACUCAAUCAUUCUUUAACAAACAUGGGAAAGAUCCCACCAAAUUUGACUACAUUCGCCAGACACUCCGAGAAUGUGGAAGACUUCUGCUCACACUUCGGAAAGAAUGCUCAAUACACACUUUUGAGGAUGCUGUAAGACCUGCAAAUUUCAGUGUGGUUAUCAAAGCUGUUAAGAAGGUGUCUGGGUAUGAUGAAGAAAAGAACUGCUACUCGACUCCAAGCCUUGCUUUAAAGUUGGGACACUCACUGCAGAAAGUCUGUGAUAUUAUACAUUGCAGAGCACUGAUGGCAGAAGACAGUGCACUGAUAAAGUCAACCCAGAGUUUCAAAACCCUUUAUGCUACAAAGUGGUCAGAACUCAUCUCCCAUACUGCAUUAACCACACUAAACGAGCGGCACUUCAACAAGCCUUCCACACUUCCUUUCACAGAAGAUGUUCAGCGUCUUCAUAGACAUCUGGAGAAGACUACAGAACAAGCACUGAAGGACUUGGAAGAGCAUAGUUCACCAAAAUCAUACAGUGAACUUUGUAAAGCUACCAUGGCAAAUGUAAUACUAUUUAACAGGAGAAGAGGGGGAGAAAUUUCAAAGAUGACACUGAAUGGCUUCCAGGAGAGAGACACUAGUACCCUGCACAAGGAUGUUGCAUUUGGACUGACAAAAUUUGAACUUUACCUUUGUCAACACUUCAGUCGUGUAGAAUUGAGGGGUAAACGAGGACGCAAGGUUGCAGUGCUACUUUCACCAGACAUGGUGAAUGCCAUAACACGGCUGACAGAGAAAAGACAAGACUGUGGUGUUCUGGCAGAAAACAUAUUCCUGUUUGCCAGACCUCAUUGUCUGACUCCCUACAGAGGACAGGACUGUUUGAGGAUUUAUGCGACUGAAUGUGGGGCUGAAAACCCUGAACACCUACGUUCAACGCAGUUGCGCAAACAUGUCGCAACUUUGUCUCAGAUCUUAAACCUCAAGAAUCACGAGUUAGACCAAGUUGCCAACUUCCUAGGUCAUGAUAUUCGUGUUCAUCGGGAAUAUUAUAGACUUCCAGAGGCUACUACCCAGCUUGCCAAAAUAUCCAAACUACUGAUUGCCAUGGAGAAAGGGUCUCUCAAAAGCCUUCAAGGCAAAACACUUGAAGAGAUUGAAAUCGAAGAUAACCUACAGUUGACAGAUUCAAGUGAAGAAAGUGAGGUUGGAGCGGAGCGUGAGGAGGUUGGAGCGGAGCGUGAGGAGGUUGGAGCGGAGCGUGAGGAGGUUGGAGCGGAGCGUGAGGUCAAUGAAGGAAAUCUUGUAUAUCCACAGAUUGAUUCUAUAGAUACUAGAAUGAUGAAGAAAGUUGUCAAGGAACCUCCAGCACAAAGUAAAAAUGGAGCGGGUAAGGUCAUUGAACCCAACAGAAUACUAAACAAGGAGAUGAAGCCAAGCAGUAAGAAGAAAACAAAUAAACAAUCUGCUUCUCUGGAAAAUGCAAGGAGGGUCAAAAAGCAUCCUUGGUCUCCCACGGAGGUUGCUGCGAUAAUGAAGUAUUUUGGCGAACAUAUCAAAAAAGGAAAACUGGCCACUAUUAUCGAAUGCCAGCAAUGCAAAACUGCAGAAGAUCCUGCUCUGGCUGGUCGUUCUAUUCAAAUCAGAGAUUUUGUGAGGAAUCGGGGCGUGUCGUUGAAGAAAAAAGAAAAUCCUAUGUAGAGGAGUCUACAUAACUCCAAAGUACUUCUUGGAGGAGUUACAAAAGAUAUUUUGUAUGUUUUGGUUUCUCAUUUAUUUAUUUUAGAAUUUUACUAUUAGAAGAUUGGUAAAUUCAUUUUGUUGACACUGUUUUAGUGCAUCUGAUCUAAGAGGACAUAUAAUUUUAUAUUGCCAGUUAUUUUCAUUUCUGUUAACAAAACAAUCCUGUUUUUGUAAAAUGCACUCAAUUUGUUCCUUUUAUUCACCUGUUGCCCUUUUAAUACACACAAAAUACAUGUUUGUGUAUGUGUAUGGCCUUUGUCCUGUUAAUAAAGUUAGCCCUGACAAUUACUGUUCAUGUCAGGGGGAGGAGCCAAGUUACCUAAUUAGUGUUGUCCUCUUAUUACACCAUGGUGUCAGGUUCUUAUA